AUGGCAGAGAAGCAGAAACGCGAAGCCGAGGCACAGAAAGCACGCGAGGCCGCCGAAGAGCAGAAACGCAAGGCAGAGGAGCAGAAGGCACGAGAAGCAGACGAGCAGAAACGCAAGGCAGAGGAGCAGAAGGCACGAGAAGCAGAGGAGCAGAAGGCACGAGAAGCAGAGGAGCAGAAACGCAAGGCAGAGGAGCAGAAGGCACGAGAAGCAGAGGAGCAGAAGGCACGAGAAGCACAGCAGCAGAAACGCAAGGCAGAGGAGCAGCCGGCACGAGAAGUCAGCGCAGAGGAACGCAUAAGGGCUGAAGUCCUGGCACGUCUUGCUGAGGAGAGACAGGCACGCGAGGCCGAGGAGCGGAAGCACUUCGAAGCUGAAGUGGCCGCACGACUGGCUGAGGUGCAGGAAAGAGCACGUCUUGCUGAGCAGCAGAAAGUGCAGGAGGCAGAGAAACACAGGGAAGCCGAAGUGGCACGUCUUGCUGAGCAGCAGCGACAGGAGGCACAGAAACGUGCAGAAGCCGAAGCGGCACGUCUUGCUGAGCAGCAGAAGCAGGAGGCAGAGAACCGCAGAGUUCAGGAAGCCGAAGUCGUGAAACGUCUCGCGGCAGAGGCAGAGGAGCAGAAACGCAGGGAAGCCGAAAUCCUCGCUGAGCAGCAGAAGGCACGACAGAAAGAGCUUCGGGAUCGGAAGUUGCAAGAGGCAAAAGAACGUCAGGCUAUGGCGUUGAAGCUGCAGGAGGUGCAGGAACAGGCGAUGAAAGAUGAACUGGCCAAGAUCAGGGCCAUGGAGGCGAAGGAAGCACAAAACCCAGCGCCCAUCGAGGCAACUGCUGCACCACUUCGAUCUUUGUCACUGCUGACUACUGCUGCUUCCUUCUCGGACGACAGCCUUGAAGCUCGUGUCUUCAAGGUGCGACCUGCAGCCACCGCUGAGCCGCAAUGCUGCCAAUCAACUCCGCCUCAGGUUGCAGUUGCAGAGCCCAAGACCCCCGGGCCCGGAAGCAGUGAAACCCCGACACCAGCCGCUGGGGAGCCCAUCACCCCGGAAAUGCAGGCUUUGAUCGAACGCUUGGCCAGAGAAAUGAUGCAAGCCAUGAGCCCAACCGUGCAAAGCCCACCGCCCCGCAAGGAAAUCAAAGAAGAGCAGAUUGCAGACCCGGCCCCUGCUGCUAGUGCUCCGGUAGUCCCGGCUGCUGGUGCUCCUGCCCCACCGGCCAUUGAUCCUGCUGCCUCGGCCCUAGUGCAAGUGCCGCCCAAAGCUACGAGCCCAGCUCCCAAUCGCAUCAACUCCUCGACACACCCCGCCGAGUACAAAGAGUUCGGACGUUUCUGCGAAGCCAACCCGGCUGCGAGUGAGUUGAAGGAUGCUUACAUGAAGGGUGGUGCAUUCAAAAUGCAAGCUUUCGCGAAGUUCGUCAAAUCGGGGUGCAAUGGGUUGGCUCUGGAAGCCGUCCUCCGGUACAGCAGACAGCAAGAAGAUCUGCAGGAAGACCAAGGCCAUUACUACCCCUACAACGAGAUCCUGGAGUUCAUGAAGGACAAGGAGAAGGCAGACGCCUUUUGCAGGAUGAGGGAAGGUCAGGCAAAGGGGUUUCUUGUCGGCAUCUAA